AUGAGUAGACCGGAAAAGAAAAACAAAACCACAAAGCGGGAGGAGUACCGCAAUGCGCGCAACCAAGAUGGCGUGGCCGAACUGCCCAAAAAGAAGUUCUACCGCCAACGCGCUCAUGCAAACCCUUUCUCAGACCAUCAAUUAGUCUACCCGGCCAGUCCAGACUCCAUGAACUGGACGCAGUACUAUCCCGCCUUUGCAGCCAAUGACGAGACCCCCUCUACCGAUCCCACAGUUACGGGUUCCAUGACUCUGGAUGCCUCGAAGCCGAAAACGCGCAGUCUUACGAAGGAUGUGGAGGUUGUUGACAUUGGCUGCGGCUUCGGAGGCUUGACCGUAGCUCUGUCACCCAUCCUCCCAGAGACCCUCAUUCUCGGCCUCGAGAUCCGCACUUCGGUCACGGAAUACGUUCAGGAGCGCAUCAAGGCCCUCCGAGUUCAGAACCAGGAGACUGGCCGGUACCAGAACAUCAGCUGCCUCCGCGCCAACAGCAUGAAGUUUCUCCCCAACUUCUUCAAAAAGGCACAGCUCUCCAAGAUCUUCAUCUGCUUCCCCGACCCGCAUUUCAAGGCACGGAAACACAAGGCCAGAAUCGUAUCAACGACACUCAACUCCGAAUACGCCUUUGCGCUGCGCCCGGGAGGCAUCGUGUACACCAUUACAGACGUCGAGCCCCUGCAUCAGUGGAUGGUGGGCCACUUCAAUGCCCAUCCCGCAUUCGAGCGUGUGCCUGAGGAAGAGCAGGAGGCCGACGAGUGUGUCAAGGUGAUGGCGUCCGAGACGGAAGAGAGCAAGAAAGUGACGCGGAAUCAGGGCCAGAAGCACAUUGCGCUUUUCCGCAGACUGGAAGAUCCUCCAUGGUAA